GCUUUAUAGCUCAGUUGGAAGCCAGCAGCUCAUUUAAUCGGUGUCUCAUCAGCUCCCCGACAGUUUUCAUCUCAAAAUAAUAAUAAAAUUACAACAAAUAUUAAGGAAAACAUACAAGAAAUUAUAAUAAUUUUGUUUUUAAAAUUAAAUCACUAUCCGGGAUGCAGUAUCGAGAGGAAUCGGGCUAUGUUUCGGCCCUAAUCUUGGCCAGUUUGUGUCUCGGCCUUUGUCGGGGCUAUUUCAGUCUAGAGGUUGGAGAUCCCUGUCCCACUCCUGGGUAUCGGAGUCGCUGCCAACCCGUCGAGGGCUGCGAGACCCUGAACUCCCACCUCGAAACGGGUCGCCUCAACCUGGAGACCGUGAUGAACUGCGGCUAUACGUCCCACAGCGAGAAGAUCUGUUGUCCCGUGGAGGAUGCCCAUACCCUAAAUAGGAUAGAUCAGGGUACUACGACGAGUACUACCCCAAGGACUACGACGAGGUGGACUACCAGGAGGACUACAACUACCAGGAGGACUACCACUACGACUACUACUAGUGCCCCCAACACCGAUAAUUGGGUGGAUAUUUUCCAAACGGAUCGGGAUUAUGUGAGCUCCUCGGUGGUGACUAUUCCCACGGGUCAGAGAGCUUCGCGGGACAGUGUGGUAUUCCGGGACACCUCGGAGGGUGCCGAGUGCAAGGCGCCGCUGUACGAGGGGCAGUGCCGCGCCGUCUCCCACUGCCCCAGCGUGGAGCCGUUGUUGCAACAGGGUCGUCUGAGGGACGAGGACUUCACCACCUGUCGCGAAGGCACCCACGAGGAGAUUAUCUGCUGUCCUUUGAACUUGCCCCUGCAGCCUCGUGUUCAGACUGCCCCACGUCUGGAUGUACCCAGUGAGUCGCAGUCGCCACAAUCGCCCCAGGAUCCCCAGGAGGCGGAGGUGAUAGCUCGGGCGGAUGCCCUUCUCCCCCAUUAUCGUCACCUGGCCGCCCUGGCACAUCCCAAUGCCGCCUUCGAUGGCCACUGGCAUCACUGCACCGCCAUGGUGUUGACUCCCCAGCUCCUCCUUAGCGCCGCAGGAUGCGAGAGGCCCAGCCAUGCCGUAUUCGGGGUGGCGGACAUGCGGGAUGUGGAUGCCGAUGAGGAUUAUCUCACAGAUAUUGUGCGCCUGGCUCCAUUCCACAAGGACCUGGCCCUGAUACGCCUCCAGGAUCCCCUUCGCUUGAACGACAGGACUCCGGCCAAUGUCAGUGUGGCUCCAGUGUGCAGUCAGUACGAGCUGACCCGGCUUCAGGUCAGCGGCAAGCUAGUGGCCGUGGCUUGGGGCAAGGGUGAUGAUACCGAUUGUCCUCUGUAUGAAAUGCCAAUGCGUUUGCGUCCCACCUGGGCCUGUGGCGAUCUGGUCAACUAUGGACGUGUCCAGGAUCUGGGAAGCUCUCAUCUCUGCCUGGAACCGGAGAAUGGGGUUGAGGAUCUUAGACGUUUCUCCAACUCCAGUACCUGCACACCGUGUCCCGCUUCAGUGGCCAGUGUCCUUCAUCUGGUACGACCCUCGGGCACGAGGUGUGUCCUUGGAAUAGCCACGCCCACGGGCGCUGAUUGUGAUGCUCGGAUUAUGUAUUUCACGAGUCUUUUGAAUUCCCAAUUUCGACAAUUUGUGGAAAACGAACAGAAGCAAUAGUCAGUAGUAUUUUUUUUAGGCUUAAUUAGAUAAACAAAAUAUUUAAAUAUAGAAUAAGUCUUAGUUGUAUGCCUUGCAAAGUCACACUGGCAAGGCCACUUGCUUUAAAUACGAAUCUGGCCACUCUGGUAAAUAAUUUGAUGGCAAAAUAACUAUAAUAGUCUUUAAAGUAAAAACUCAAUUACCUCAGAAAUGAAUUUUAAAGCAUAUUCUUGUCACUGGGCAUUCUAAAUAUAUCUCAAUUAUUACGAUAA